GGGAAAGCAGAGUGUGAGCUGGUGUCCCUUUGCAUGCAUUUACAUCAGCAUCGUUUCAGAAAAGCCUCUGCUGCCACAGCUCAAGUCAUCCAGGGAGGAGGAUGCACGGGGCAGAUCAAGUGAUGGGAAGAGAAACGGGCUCGUUUAGUGGGCAGUUCCUCAACAGCAUUCACAAGGUGCAAUGAUUGAUGUCCGCUGUGUACCUCAGCAGUGGGAGCUACACCAGGUUUCCAUCCUCAGAGACCAAAAGCAGCAGACAGCUUGCAUCGGGAAAUACUCUGAUUCAGGGUGGGUUGUGACUGACGGCAGACAUGAAGACUUUCUAAAUGGACAGCAAUCACAAAAUCUGAACCUCAUGCAGCAUCAUCAUCCGGACUACAAGGCAGUUUUUGACCUCAUUUUCUAGCCGCUGUUUUCUGGUCGUACUCUCUGGCUUUGAAGGAUGGGUGAUGGACCUGUGACUGCUCCUGCCUGCCUGCUUCAAUGGAGCCGACGUGGAACUCCUCCCACCCACCUCCACAGCUCAUCUCCAACAUGUCUGCCUCCUUUCUGCCUGAGGGCUGGGCUCUGUCCCAGUCGCUAGCCCUGCUGGCCAUGCUGCUCAUGGAUCUGCUGGCUGUGGUGAGUAAUGUGGCUGUCAUGGCGGUCAUUGCCAAGGCACCACAGCUCCACAAGUUUGCCUUUGUGUUCCACCUGUGCGUGGUGGACCUGCUGGCAGCCCUGGUGCUGAUGCCCCUUGGCAUGAUCUCAAACCGAGCCUUCUUCGGGGAGGCCCUGUGCCGGAGCUACCUCUUUCUCAGUGUGUGCCUGGUUAGCGCUGCCAUCCUCUCUAUCUCCGUCAUCAAUGUUGAGCGUUAUUACUACAUCAUACACCCAAUGCGCUAUGAAGUAAAAAUGACUGUUGGCCUGGUAGCGUCAGUGCUGGUGGGGAUAUGGGUCAAUGCCCUGGCUAUGUCCGCUCUGCCGCUGCUCGCUUGGUUCCUGCAAGGUGGAAGAACUCCUCUUCUGGAGAGUGGUGGGGUGGGGGGAGGAGGAGGUGGGGCAGUCCCAUCUCCACCUGCUCAGGGUCACAGGCGCUGCUCACUACAUUGGACAGGGGGGGGCUCAAACCGCUUGGCCUUCAUGGCCCUGUUUACUUUAGUGUAUUUCCUGUGUCCACUACUGGUCAUUCUUGUUGUGUACUGCAAUAUGUUCAAAGUGGCUCGGGUAGCAGCCAUGCACCAUGGGCCUCUGCCUACCUGGAUGGACACGCCUCGACGGCAGCGGUCAGAGUCUCUCAGCAGCCGUUCCACGAUGGUUACCAGCUCUGGGACUGGGACUGGGACAGGCAGAGCCACUCCGCAUCGUCCCUUUGGGGGAGGGAAGGCUGCAGCAGUGUUGGCAGCAGUAGGUGGGCAAUUCCUUUGUUGCUGGCUGCCCUACUUUACAUUCCACCUGUAUUCAGCACUGUCUGCCAGCCCUCCAGCCACACUAGCCUCUCUGGAGGAGGUGGUCACCUGGAUUGGCUACUUCUGCUUCACCUCCAAUCCCUUCUUCUAUGGCUGUCUCAACAGACAGAUCCGGGAGGAGCUGGGCAAGCAUCUGCCUUGUCUGUUUCAUCGAGCAGGAGUUGAGAUGGAGGACAGACUGGCCAGCCGUGAAGGAUCCAUAGAGGAGAAUUUCCUCCAGUUUCUUCAGGGCACCGGCUGCAACAUGGAUCCUCAAAACUCUCACAGCACCUCCAGCCCUAAAGGGGAAGCCUGCUGUCCCGUGGCUCAGUCCCAACAACCGGAGCUAGCACAGUCCAUACCGAUAGAUUUCCGUAUCCCUGGACAGAUUGCAGAGGAGACUUCAGAGUUUAUUGAGUCUGAGCAGGGAAAAAACAACCACAUAUAUACAGACAAUUAAGUUUUUCAUGACUGAAAAUAAGACUGAUUUUGAUCCUUCAGAUGUAAACUGUUUCAGGAGUUACUUCUGUGAAAACAUGUUUCUCUAUUUCUAUACUGAAAGCUGUCCAACAGAUAGCUCAUUUAAUUGAAAUUACUUUAAAUUGUAUUUUGAAUCAUUGCACUUUGCCUCAUCAUUUCAUCAAUUAAAUGCAGUUGUUUGAGAUGUAUUUUAAACUGUUGUUUGUAAACAGGGAAAUUACAGCUAGAUUUUGAAAAUGGCAAAAAUGGCCUUCCACACAACCACUCAGCUCUGUACAGUAAACAACUUUUAUGAAUACUAUUGGUGUAACUAGUUAAAGCCUUUUUUAAAGAUAAAAACAACAUUAGUUAUGUGUUUGAUGUUAUGAAGGUAACUGAAUUAAUGUUAUAAGAAAAUUCCUUUUUAUCUGAAAAAUAGGGAACGAUUGCUGAAAUGAAUUACAUUAUUGUGCGGUUAAACCUUUGGUAUUCAGAAAUGAAAAUGAAACGGUUCCACAAAUCCAACUGAUACUGUAUUUGUAACUGUCAAAUCAAUCAUUUUUGAGACUCUGGUAAGUUGAUUAUUUUUUAAUAAGAAAUAUUGAAGAAAACAGCAAUAAAAUACACAGAAUUAUGAGUAUUUAAGGGAUUCUUUGAGGGAAAAGCACUUCUGUCACUUUUGAUUGGUAGCUGUGCUGUCAUCAGUGAUAAUGUCACUCUUAACCCUUAUGCCAAUCUGAUUAUAAUCGAUUAGCAGAUGUACAUAUUGUGGCCUAACACUCAUGGAAUUGCUACCAGUUGUUUACAGAUAACCAUUUUUUUUUGUUCUCCUUGUUCGAACACAUCUUUUUUUAAUUUGAUUUCCUAAAAAGUAGAUCUCGACCCAGUUUAGGAUGCAGGUUGACUUGACUCAUGUUAUGGGUCACCCAGCUUUCUGCCAUGUGAUGUAUUUAUCACAUUUUAUUUGGUACAGAUCUUAAAAAUGUGUAUUCUUUUGAUGCACUGCAUUACGUUAAAAUGUUAUUCUGUUUCUUACAUUUGUUAAAUGUACCAAAUUGUAUGUUAUGUUUAGUAAAACUGUUUGAGUUGUGUGUAUCACUCAGCAUGCCCCUUUUUCCUUUUUUUAGUGAGUGUACAUAUUUGUUAUGAAUUUCAUUGCAAUGAGGCUGAUGUAUUUUGAUAGUAUGCAACCCUUUUUUGGUUUUUAGUUAUGGAGAUUUUUUAUCUUGGAAGGAGAAUACAUUUAGAUUUAGUUUGACUACCCUGCUUGUCAGGGUUUUUACAGUACCUCACAUGCAGGAAAAAUAAACAUUAUUUUACAGUCCUGCACAGAUAAGUAUGAUAAAUGUGGAAAUGUUUGAUUGAAACGACGUUCUUAUGUAAUGUGGAUACAGGGUUUUUAAGAUAUUUUUUGCGUGACAAUGCCAAUCCAAAAUCAAAAGCUAGUCGAGCUUUAUAUCCUCUUUUCAUCACGUCUAAAUAUCCCAAACUGUGAAUGAUGUUGUAUGUUUGUGUUAGGAUUUUCACUUGUUCAGAGAUUGUUUUUUAUGCUGUGAUAAAAAAAUAAAAGAAUGAUUUCCACUGUACUGCAAUGAUAUGAAUGGGUUUUAGAAAAGUACACAGCUAAAACUUGAGUGAGAGAUACUGUUGUAAUAAAGAGUUUCUAUGUUUGUAAAACAUUUUGGAUGCACUCUCAUAUUUUAACAUUAUGGGGCUGCUGCUGUCACAAAUACAUUUAUUCCACAUAUUCCAUUGCAAAGAGAGGAGUGGGAGGAUACACUUCAAUCACUCUGACCUUAAGGUAACAUUUAACUUCAAAAGGCCAAAGCCAGUGAUAUGACCUUCAUCAGAAAGUAAAGAUAUAACUGUCAAAAGACAGAUAGAUAGAUAGAUACAGUAGAUAGAUAGAUGGAUGGAUG